AUGCAUACGCCAAACAAAGUGACAUUGCUGUAUCGCGAGUUUCGUGAGAUUCGUGUCAGAUCUGCAGAACAAGAUGAGAAGUCCAAGAAACGUAAACGAGCAGAACUUACGAGUCCCGUACCAGCUUCGUCUAGAGAGGCGGAAAAAAUUAGGGCUUUCAAACUUCUUGAAAUGCUGAUAAAAUUCGUAAAAACGGAAAAUAUACGAAGAAGCGGAGAGAUUGAUACUUUCCUGCGAGUGGAAGAAUGUCAGGAGAGAAAUGCAGGUGAAGUUGUUAAGUUGCAUUUAGAGAAGCUACUAGCUGCAGAAAUUGACUUUAUUCAAGCUCGCGAGAAGAUGAGACUUGCGUACUUUCACCUUGGUCAAGCAUAUGCUCAAUGGAUUUUUGAACUGCUACCAACUCUUGAUGCUCUAUUGACGCCGAAGAUAUUUCAUCGUGAGGCGUAUCCCAUUGUCCCAGCGCACUUGCUCAAGCUUUGUAAACAGUCGAAUGAAUCCUCCGUACUAAAGCGGCUCGAAAGGGCGCGAAAAUUUUUUCAUAUGGAAUCCCUCGUUGAAGUCGAAGCAUUAGCCGAAUGCGAAGACUUGACCGUCAAGAGAAUGGACAAUAAAUUUAUGAAGUCGCUUUCAUUAUUGGCGUAGCAUU